UACCCAAUUCACAGGACUGAUGUGACCUUCCCAAACGUCUUCAUUUAGGAGGCAGUGUGAGAAAGUUAAAGACAUCUAGGAAGGACUAAAAGUAAAAUGGAAGAAAAGAAGGCACAGGGGAGCAAAUGUGGAGACCUUAAAACCAGGAAUAGAAAUAGAGAAAGAAGCUAGGAUGAAAGGGGAGAGAAAAACCACAGAAAAUAACAGCCUGAGGGAGUAAGAGAAGAGAGAGAGAGAGAGGAGGAAAAACCGAUUGCUGAGAAAAGUUUCUCUCCUUAAGUCCUCUAGGUCAAGAAGUCAGACAUGGCACAGAGCUCGGAAAGGAGGCAAAGCACUCCCAGUGUGUGAUCUGGAGAAGCAGGAGUCCAGCCCGAUGGGAGUGCAAUCCCCAGCCCUGAUGGCCUCUGCCCUGAUAUAUUUCAUCCAGGUUCCUCGGGCAAGAUGUGAGGAGAACUGUGUCAAUCCUGAACAUUGCCUGACCACAGAUUGGGUACAUCUCUGGUAUAUAUGGUUGCUGGUGGUCAUCGGGGCACUGCUUCUCCUGUGUGGCCUGACUUCUGUGUGUUUCCGCUGCUGUCUGAGUCACCAGCAAAACGGGGAAGACGAGGGCCGGCCACCCUAUGAAGUGACGGUCAUCGCUUUUGACCAUGACAGCACUCUGCAAAGCACGAUCACUUCCCUGCAGUCAGUGUUUGGCCCUGCAGCUCGAAGAAUCCUGGCCGUGGCUCACUCCUCCAGCUCCCUGAGCCAACUGCCCUCCUCCCUGGACACCCUCCCAGGGUAUGAAGAAGCUCUUCAUAUGACUCGCUUCACCGUUUCCAGGUGUGGGCAGAAGGCACCUGAUCUACCCCCAGUGCUGGAAGAAAAGCAGCUGCCCCCGAUAGCAAAGGAGUCUCCUCAAAUAGAACACUCUUCUAAUUGAUGGGAACUCUGGUUUGAUAAAUGGGGCGGGCUUGUCCCCAGAGUUGGUAGAGAUUCACAGACAAAUGGAAUAUUUCCCCCCCUAAUUUUCAGAAGGCUCAGGGGGCAUCUAAACAUCAUUCUGUGGCAAAGAUGGAUUCCAACCAUGAUGUAUAUUUUCUGCUAUGGAAUGCUCUAGUCAAGAACUCUUCUUUAUCCAGUGGCCAAAAUUUGCAAUUAAUCUGUAGCAAUGCUGAUUACUCUGGAACAGGAAAGCAUCAAAAGUAUCUUGGAUUCCUUCAGCUACUGAGUUCCUUUCCCCAGAGGAUGCUGCACGUUGCUGGUUUCUCUACCAGCGAAUAGAUUGUGCACACUUGUGGAGAAAGACUGGCGCAUAGGCACAGCCAGAGAUGUUCACACAUUGAAUUCACACACGCUUCCCCUCGAGAGAACACUCUCUUUUAUGCUAAAUGACAAUAAUGUCACUGGACAUCCUGAAUCCAGGGGCGGGGUUGCAGGUAUGGGCUAAGAGGACCCAGUAGAGUAUGGAAGUGGCAAAUAUCGAGGUCUUUCUUUCACUCUGCUUCUACCCACCAGCAGUAUGGGAAAUUGCAUAGAAUGCAGGAACAGUUCUAUUCAUUUUUUAGUUCCUCUGCUCUGCAAACACACGCACGCACGCACACGGAGGCACACAAGCAUAUACACACAGACACACUUUUCUAACUCUGAAAGAUUAGCACUGCUUGGUUUUUUGCUUUUUCCUGCUUUGACCAAGUGUCUAUACAGUAGUGACACACACUUGCUUCUAGUGGUGGCCUUCACUGCCACCUAGUGGAGCCAUGGUAGAAAUGCAUGCUCCCAUUGGCGCCUAUCUGCGUACCUCUCCGGUUUUUGGAGCACUAACUGGGUGGGAUCCUUCUCCGGGCGCAGUCCUGCUGUGUAGUGCUAAGCUGUCCAUGUAACAUACU